AUGCUACAACGAGGAGCUCUGAUACCUAGAGCUCUGCUGCGUCGCUCCUUGUCGACGCCUCGCCACACAAAGGGGCUGAACUUGACAUCGUACGUGUCACCACUACUGCUUCGCCUGCAUCCAGACAUGGUGCAGCGCCAUGCACCGGCGCUGGCACAAGAAAACGAACAGGCACUAAAGAUGCUCAACGUGUUUCUGGAACUCGCUACAUGUGGGUGCAAUAAUGACGUCCGCAAUGCCCGAAAUCUCGUUUUAGCCCUGCGAGACCGAUACGAAGCUGUUGUCGAAGCGUCUGUGGUGUUUCCACUUGUUUUUCAUGCCCCAAUCGACAAUUAUGAAACUCAGGAGCAAGUUCCCGAGUUCAUCCGCGUCAAGUACACAAUCGAGAUUCCUUAUCGGCUCGUAAGACGCACGCUGUCCCAUCAUGGCCGCUCAAUAAGUACUCGAUAUGACCCAAAGGCUGCAUUGCAAGCGCCUUUUGCACGGGAGUGGCAGCGUACGACAAAACGGAUUCUGCAGGAUCUAUUUGACGUGGCGCAGGUGCCGCUUGUUGCGGAAGAAAGAGGCAAGAAGACAAUGACCGCCCUCGCCGACUGGCUAGCAGAAGAAGACACGGUAGUGGAUCAGGCAGAGAGACAUGGGAUUCGAGCUGUUGAACACAAUCGAGCUGUUAAGCGCGAGCACGAAGAGUUCAAUAACCUCUACCACGCGAUGCUCACGCGCGAGAAGAAUAUCGUGCACGAAGUGACGACCGGCUUGGAAGAUGGGCCGACAAGGCAACACGCUGUGCUGACAAGCUUGCUCCAUUCGAGACUGUUCUUGCCGAAAUUUCGCGAUCCACACAUGAAGAAGAGUGCGUUUCACUGGAUUGCCAACCUCAUGCUUGUCAACUUUAUGGAACUGCGUCUACACAACCUCGUGUGGAAUAAAGUGACGCUGUUGGUUACCGCCGAUUCAGGCAUUGACGAACCUCAAGUGUCUUGGGAUGAAGAAGCACCGGAGCAAGGGAUGGGGUUUCUCAUUCCCAUUGGCAUGGACGUCGAUACACUGAUUGAUUUCAUGUUUGAGAACGUGGAAGAUCUGGAAUUUGCUCUGGUGCAGAAAGCGUAUUGCAAACAAGCAGCAGCCUCCGCAGAACAUAAGCUUCGACGGGAGCUGAAGACGAAACAGAAAGGAAGAUCGAGACGACGAGACCAUUUUUAUAAAGCUGAGGUCGAUCAGAUCUUCUCAAGACGAUGA